AUGAGUGGAGGGCUGAUGGUUUUAUGGAAAAAGGAGGACCAGGUGGAAUUACUUAAUUACUCCCAAUGGCACAUCAACCUAUGGGUUAAAGGAAGAAGGGGGGAGGAUGAUUGGCUGCUGACUGGUUUUUACGGAAAUCCCGAUGCUAGUAAAAGAGAAAAAUCUUGGGAGCUUCUAAAAGAGUUAAAGCCUCAAGAGGGGAUUGCGUGGUGUGUGGUGGGGGAUUUCAACGAAAUAAUCUCUCAAGAUGAAAAGGUGGGAGGGAGGGAAAGAAGUGAGGGGCAAAUGACUCGGUUUAGGGAGGGGUUGGAGUGGGCAGGGCUUUAUGAUAUGGGCUGGAUAGGAAAUAAAUUCACUUGGUCAAAUGGGCAUGAGGACCAUACUUUCAUAAAAGAAAGACUAGAUCGUGGGGUGGCUAACCAAAGGUGGAUGUGCAGAUUUAUGGAGAGGAUGGUAGAGAUACUUGGAACACAGGUUUCUGACCACAAGGCCUUGGUUCUAACUGUGGGAGGGUUGGCUGAAGGUUUUUAG